AUGGCUACGUUUGGUGGAGAUGAAGUUUCAGCUAUUAUUCUGGAUGCUGGUUCUUGUUGGACUCGUGCUGGUUAUGCAGGUGAAGAUGCACCAAAAGUAAUAUUUCCAACUUCUUAUGGCUACAUUCCAGAAGUUGAAAUCGGCAGUGUAACAGCUGAUGGAGAUACUAUAAUGGAUGAAGCAGCUAUGAAGGUUGAAGGUGGUGAAGGAUCGGAAGCGAUCAAGACAAAUAAACAAAAUAGAACUAAAAAAGGAAGAUAUAUAGUGGGUGAUUCGGAAAUUGCUACUUGGAGACAAAAUAUGGAAAUUAAAAAUCCGUUUGUUGAUGGUUUAAUUCAAGAUUGGGAUGCUUUAGAAGAAAUUUGGGAUUAUGCUUUAGAAAAAAGAUUAAACGUUGAUCCUAACGAGCAUCCAUUGUUUGUAACAGAACCUGCUUGGAAUACUCGUGAGAUUAGAGAAACUCUCACUGAACUUGCAUUCGAAAAAUAUAAUACUUUAGCAUUUUAUGUUGCAAAAAAUCCAGUAUUAACUUCAUUUGCAACUGGUCGUCCAACAGCAAUUGUUUUAGAUUGUGGAGCGAGUACUACAAGUUGUGUUCCAGUUGUUGAUGGAUAUGUUUUAAAAAAAGGAAUUUAUAAACAAUCAAUUGCAGGAGAUUUCAUUUCAGAACAAAUAAUGCAAUUAUUGCAACAAAAACUUAAUAUUAAUAUCAUUCCACAUUAUUUGAUAGCAAAAAAACUCGGUGUUGCUGAACCAGAUAUGCCUGCAAAGGUAGAAUUACGAGAUAGACCAAACACCACAGAAAGUUACCAUAAAUUUAUGCAAAUGAAAGUAAUACAAGAAUUUAAAGAAUCUGUAUGUCAAGUAUUUGAAACAACAUAUGAUGAUUUGGUUAUUGCUGCUCGACCAUUAAAAAGUUUUGAAUUUCCAGAUGGAUUCAAUACAUCUUUUGGCACUCCACGAUUCAGUAUACCAGAAAUUCUUUUCUCUCCAACAAACAAUACAUACCGGCUUCAAGAAGGCACUGGAAUUGACACAUCUUCAUUGAUGAGUAUCCAUCAAAUGAUACAUAAUAGUGUAGCUUCAUGUGACAUUGAUAUUCGACCGAAUUUAUUAACUAACAUUAUAUUAACUGGCGGAACUACGUUAUUACCUGGAUUUGCUGAUAGAUUAAAUUAUGAAUUGACUAUGAUGACUCCAGGGUUAAAGGUUAAAAUUCACGCACCAGGUAACAGUAUUGAACGAAAAUGUAGUAGUUGGUUAGGUGGUUCAAUUUUGGCAUCAUUAGGAACUUUUCAUCAAUUAUGGAUAUCACGCGAGGAAUAUAAUGAACGCGGAAAAUCUAUCGUGGAAAAGAAAUGCGAAUAA